AAGAUGGAAGCGCAGUGUGCUUCGCUAUUUUUUUGUUGGUUUGAGUUAAACUAUUGUUUUUUUUUGUUGAACUCGGCAAUUGUUAUGAAUACACAAUGGGGUGUUAAAAUGUGUGCCCAGCCAUGGAGUCGACAGAUAAGAACAAUGCUAUAAAGCUCUUUGUGGGGAACCUGGCGUUGGACACCUCUCAGGAGGACCUGACACAGCUCUUUGGGCCAUACGGACAGGUGGUCACCUGUAGUUUACUCAGGCAGUUUGCCUUCAUCCACCUUCAGGGAGAUGGUGCUGCUGAUCGAGCCAUAAGAGAACUGAAUGGACGGGAGUUCCGAGGCCGCAACCUAGUGGUUGAAGAGUCCCGCGGGCGGCCCCUGAACUCCACCAAGGUGUUUGUUGGGAACCUUAGUGCCAUGUGUUCUGCUGACGACCUACAAGAGCUCUUUCAGACCUUUGGGAAAGUUCUGGAGUGUGAUAAGGUCAAAGCGAGGCUCUCUUCCUUGGCGGGCUAUGCCUUUGUGCACAUGGAGCGGAAGGAGGAUGCGCUGCAGGCUAUCGAGGCCCUCCAUGGUACCACCUUCAAAGGCCGACCCCUCUCUGUGGAGCUCUCCAAUGUGCAGCCCAGUAAACCCACCACGACUACAGCCAAGGUCCCCGUUAUGAGUCACUAUGCCACUGAAAGCCCCUCCAUCAACCCUCAUAUGGAGCACCACCAGAGUCAGGCUGCUGUACUGGCUGCUGCCGUUGCUGCAGCUGCAGGUCUGCCUCUUCAGGUGCAGCAGAGCUUGCACAACUCUGUCUACAACACAACGAGCUUUGAUCCCACCUACGCUGCGCUAAAGGGCAUGACGGCAGCCAGCGCCACAGAUGGUACUCCAGUGAGCCCUGCGGUCUACGGUGCCCUCGCCAGCCAGGUGUACGGCUCUGUAGCGGAUCAGGUAUACGACUCUAUAGCCAACCAGGCCUCCGCCUAUCAGAGUUCAGCGACACCGGACGCAGCAGGUUACAGUAACCAGUACGACGGUGCAGCUGGGGAGGCAUUGUCAGCCCAGGCAGCUGGAAACCCGGCCUACGGCGGGGCCUCUGCUUUCUACAACGGUAGCUCCGCCUAUGGCUCCACGGGGGGUGCAGACCCCACUGCCCAGGCCAUCUUUGAGGCAGCACGGGCCCGCUUCUUCCAGCAGGGCCAGCAGGUUCUAGCUGAGCAGCAGGCGGGGACUAAGUCAGGGGACCGGGACCGCAGCCCCGUGCGGCGCUCCGCCCCUCUGCUGCCUGACCCCGUGCCCCAGCCCUUUCCCCAGCCACGCCCCAAACGCCGUGCCCUCCUCCCAACGCCACCCGGCCGACCAGAGGACCCUGCGGCUGCUGACGGAGACCCCAUUGCCAGAUGCUAUGCAGAGUACUAUCAGCAGGUCCAGCAGUACCAACAGUACCAGCAGUACCAACAACAGUACCAACAGUACCAGUAUGGCUACCCACCACCAGCCCCGACCCAGAUGCCCCCCCACGAUGCCCACCCAUCAGAUGCCUGUGCAGGCCCCGCCCCCGACGGAGGCCCCGCCCCCAGGGCCUGCCACCUACGCCCCAGCUAGAGCCUAAAAUGGCUCCUGGGCCCCUGGAUGCCAUGUUGCGUGUGACGGGGAAGAGAAUUAGAGUCGCGCAAUGCCGUGGACGCAGUCCCCACAAAGGUAAAGCCCUCUGCCCCCGACCACGCCUGCACUUCGACCAUACACUUCCCCUCAUUGACCCCACUCCUGCACAACAAGGCACUCCAUCUUAUUAUUUCUUUGAGAUCUGGGAGAGCUGGAAGCCCAAGCCGCCCAGUUCAGACGUAGGGGCCUGAAUGUCUGGCCAUGUCCCCUCAUUGGAGUCCUAGUAUGGCUUAUAAGGGUUAACUCCACCCGGCACUUACACUAUGUAGCCUUUGCAGACUCACCUGAUCUGGGUUUGAUGUGACUAGAAAUCAUCCAGCCUUUUCAUGCCUCUUUCUGAUGCCAUUUUCCAUAAGGGAAAUAGAUGACCCAUCUACAGUAGUCAGGGUUUUUUUUUUUUUCAUUCUAUUUAUGUUUUUAAAGGAAGUAAUCAGCCAAAUUGAAAUGAGCCACUAAUAUGUCAUUCAAUAAACAUUGAAGUAGUCCCUCCAGAUUGAAAUAACCUGUAGUCAAACAGAUUUAGGAAACGAUCUUAUUGUAAUUGAGGAUGAUCAGACUGGGGUUUGCCGGAGUUGUUGCGCAUGUUUGUGUUGUGGCAUAUUUUUCUGAGGUAUUUCCAGCGAGACGUGCGUUCACUCUCAAAACUGAGGUGUUCCAGCUGUGCUUUGAAAGGCUAAGGACGCAGUGGUAUGCAAAAGGCCAGCUGAACGGAGGGAGGUAGGGCUAUCGACAACUGUGUCCCACGCAUGUUGGGUGAGUAACCAAUGCACCACUAACCGGCUCAAAUCCACCUACCUCCGCCCCCCCCCCCCCCCCCCUCAAUCUGCAACACAACGGCCAACCCUCUCACUCUUAUCCCAUAGCUAAUACAUCUACAGGCCUACAACACCAUGGCCUAGAGAGAACAUUCCACAGCUGCAUUAGCUUAGAAGAUAUGAAUGCAGAGAGGACACCAUUCAGUAUUAUACCUCCCAUGUCUAGUUACAUUGCAAAGUCUAUUCUACAUUUCCUAAUCGCCCGGUUAAAUUGUCUAAUUGCAAUUUGCAUACCUUGAUUGGGAACCCUUAAUGUUAUCUCGUGGUUUAUUUUUAAAGGGAUACUUUGGGAUUUUGGCAAUGAAGACCUUUUAUCUAAUUCCCCAGAGUCAGAUGACCUCAUGGAUACCGUUUUAUGUCUCUGCGUCCAGUAUGUUUCUCGAGGCAAUUCUAGCUAGCGUUGGCACAAUGAACAUUUAUGGUAUCUACUAGCAUGCCAGCAGUUACCACAGAUUUCCAGUCAGCACGCUAAUGCUAGUUAGCAUUUGCACAAACACCAGUUAGCAACUUCCUUCAAACUGCACGCAGAAGCAUAAGAAAUGGUAUCCACGAGUUCAUCUGACUGGGGAAGUAGAUAAAGGGCUUCAUUGACAAAAUCCUGAAGUAUACCUUUAUGAUUUCAUAAGCUGCGUUUACACAGGCAGUGCAAUUCUGAUCUUAUGCCACUAAUUGGUCUUUUGACUGAGGUCUGACAAUCGGACUACACUGUGUACAAAACAUUAGGAACACUUGCUUUUUCCUUGAGACUGACCAGGUGAAUCCAGGUGAAUGCUGUGAUCACUUAUUGAUGUCACUUGUUAAAUCCACUUCAGUCAGUGUAGGUGAUGGGGAAAAGAUGGGUUAAAUAAGGAUUGAUUUUUUUAAGCCUUGACAAUAUUAAUGCAUGGGUUGUGUGCCAUUCAGAGGGUGAACGUUUGAAGUGCCUUAGAACAGGGGUAUGGUAGUAGGUGCCAGGCGCAAGAACUGCCAGUGUGUCAAGAACUAAAAGGCUGCUGGGUUUUUCAUGCUCUACAGUUUCCCGUGCGUAUCAAGAGUGGUCCACCACCCAAAGGACAUCCAACCAACUUGACACAACUGUGGGAAGCACUGGAGUCAACAUGGGGCCCGAAUCCCUGUAGAACGCUUUUGACACUUUGUAGAGUCCGUGCCCCGACUAAUUGGGGGCUGUUCUGAGAGCAAAAGAGGGUGCAACUCAAUAUUUGGAAGGUAUUCCUAAAAAGAAAUUGUGCGCUCAGCCUACGGUACACCUUGCACAGUUUUGAAUCAAAGUUUCCUUACUCAUCUGUUACAUUCAGGUUCUAAAUUGCCACUAACCACAUACUAUUAAACAAUUGUUCUCCAGCUCCCCCUUCUCAAUCUUUUGUGCAUUGGAACUCCUGACAACAUAUUUUUUUACUAAGGGACUUGUUUGAGCUCAUGUGGAUUGAGACUGAAAAGGAUAUGUAAGAUGAAGCUUUAAUAGAAAUCAGGGAAAAUACUGUAAAUCUGUAGCUUAGCGUUAUUUGUCCAUUACAGAAAAUGUAAUCUACAGGUUGCCGAUUGCAGAACCAUUUAUUUGAAAUCUAAAAAUUAUAAUCGCCUGAAAUGUUUUCAUUUCCUUUUUGACAUAUUAGAUAAAUUAAGACCCAUUGUUCUGUGUUACUUGUAAGACUCAAUAAAUUUACAUUUGACACGA